AUGACCUCAUCUGUCUUGGGUUCAGCACAUAACAACUUCAAUAAUGGCAACAAGGAUAUAAAGUAUUAUGGAAUCCCAGCACCAUCCGGUUUCACCACCACCACCCCCCCGCCCAGUAUCCAGGACCUGAGGAUUCGCAUCCACACCAGUCACAAAGUCCCAGGUCACCUGCAGUAUCUCGACAGCCCAUUAAUUAGCGUGAGAUGGUCCGCGGGCUGUAGGGUCCGCCCCGGGCCCCUGAGGCCGCGCUCGGAGGGCUCCGGUUCCCCGCAAGCCUGCGGGCUGCGGCUGGCGGUCCCUUCCCGCCCUUGCCGUGGUGAGGAGGAGCGGUGCUCGCAGGGCCUGAGCGGGGUCUGCUCCUUCGGCCGGGAGCCGGACAGCAGCCGUCCCUACUCGCAAGACUUUGUGGUUUGGGCUGCGUGUCAGGAGCGGUUGCGUCUUUGGGAUGUGAGAACUGGAAAUGAAAAAUUACUGCUGGAGGAGGAGGGUCAGAAGCAGCAUUUAGGGGCUGUUCCUGCAUGUUCAGUUCCACUGGGUUUUGUGAAGAAUGCAUUUCUGUAUCUUUUUUGUUCCUCAGGUAGCGGCUCGAAUCCUUUCCAGCAUUUGGAGAAGAGUGCUGUGCUUCAGGAGGCACGUAUCUUUAAUGAGACUCCUAUAAAUCCACGAAGAUGCCUGCACAUCCUUACCAAGAUCCUUUACUUGCUGAACCAGGGUGAACACUUUGGAACCACUGAAGCCACAGAAGCUUUUUUUGCAAUGACCAGAUUAUUUCAAUCUAAUGACCAAACCCUUAGAAGAAUGUGUUACUUUACUAUCAAAGAGAUGGCCAAUAUUUCUGAGGACGUCAUCAUUGUCACGAGCAGUUUGACCAAAGACAUGACAGGGAAGGAGGAUGUAUACCGAGGCCCGGCUAUCAGAGCGCUCUGCAGGAUCACUGAUGGUACGAUGUUACAAGCCAUUGAGAGAUACAUGAAGCAAGCCAUUGUGGACAAAGUCCCCAGUGUGUCUAGUUCUGCACUGGUGUCUUCCUUACAUAUGAUGAAGAUUAGUUAUGAUGUAGUCAAACGGUGGAUCAACGAAGCUCAAGAAGCAGCUUCUAGUGACAGCAUCAUGGUGCAGUAUCAUGCUUUGGGGCUGCUCUAUCACCUUAGAAAAAAUGAUCGCCUUGCAGUUUCCAAGAUGCUGAAUAAAUUCACUAAAUCUGGACUGAAAUCCCAGUUUGCCUACUGCAUGCUGAUCCGAAUUGCAAGCAAACUCUUGAAGGAAUCUGAAGAGGGCCAUGAAAGUCCACUCUUUGACUUCAUUGAGAGCUGUCUGCGGAAUAAGCAUGAAAUGGUUAUUUACGAAGCUGCUUCUGCAAUCAUCCAUCUCCCAAACUGCACAGCCCGGGAGCUGGCACCGGCUGUUUCAGUGCUGCAGCUUUUCUGUAGUUCUCCCAAACCUGUCUUGAGAUACGCAGCUGUACGGACCCUUAAUAAAGUGGCCAUGAAACAUCCGUCUGCAGUCACUGCCUGCAACCUGGACCUGGAAAACCUCAUCACUGACUCCAACCGCAGUAUCGCUACCCUCGCCAUCACCACGCUGCUGAAGACAGGCAGCGAGAGCAGUGUAGACAGGCUCAUGAAACAGAUCUCUUCCUUCGUGUCAGAAAUAUCAGAUGAGUUUAAGGUAGUGGUAGUACAGGCUAUCAGUGCUUUGUGCCAGAAGUACCCGCGGAAGCACAGCGUCAUGAUGACCUUCCUCUCCAACAUGCUCAGGGAUGAUGGUGGCUUUGAGUACAAGCGAGCCAUUGUGGACUGUAUAAUCAGCAUCAUCGAGGAGAAUCCUGAGAGUAAGGAAUCAGGCUUGGCUCACCUCUGCGAGUUCAUUGAAGACUGCGAACACACUGUCCUAGCCACAAAGAUCCUGCACCUCCUCGGGAAAGAGGGGCCAAGGACUCCGUCCCCAUCCAAGUACAUCCGCUUCAUAUUCAACAGGGUGGUGCUGGAGAACGAGGCUGUGAGGGCUGCUGCUGUAAGUGCACUAGCAAAGUUUGGUGCCCAGAAUGAGAAUCUUCUUCCGAGCAUCUUGGUGCUUUUGCAGAGAUGCAUGAUGGACAGCGAUGAUGAAGUUCGGGACAGAGCAACGUUCUACUUGAACGUACUGCAGCAGAGACAGAUAGCACUGAACGCUGCCUAUAUUUUUAACGGGUUGACCGUCUCUGUUCCUGGGAUGGAGAAAGCCCUGCACCAAUAUACCCUGGAGCCUUCUGACAAACCUUUUGAUAUGAAAACAGUUCCACUGGCUACUGCACCAAUCUUUGAACAGAAAGCAGAGAUUGCUCUAGUGACCAGCAAGCCUGAGAAAGUUGCUCCUUCACGUCAGGACAUAUUUCAAGAACAACUGGCAGCCAUUCCAGAGUUUAAGAACUUGGGUCUGUUAUUCAAGUCUUCAGAACCAGUGCAGCUCACAGAAGCAGAAACAGAGUAUUUUGUUCGUUGUAUUAAACAUGUGUUCACAAAUCACAUUGUUUUCCAGUUUGAUUGCACAAACACGUUAAAUGAUCAGCUGCUGGAGAGAGUCACCGUGCAGAUGGAGCCGUCGGACGCUUACGACGUGAUCUGUUGCAUCCCAGCACCCAGCCUGGCUUACAACCAGCCUGGCAUGUGUUACACCCUUGUCCAGAUUCCCCAGGAUGACCCCACUGCAGUUGCUUGUACUUUCAGUUGCACAAUGAAGUUCACUGUUCGAGACUGUGAUCCAAACACAGGCGUGCCAGAAGAAGAUGGCUAUGAUGAUGAAUAUGUGUUGGAAGAUUUGGAGGUGACCGUGUCUGAUCAUAUUCAGAAGGUUUUAAAGCCUAACUUCGCAGCUGCGUGGGAAGAAGUGGGAGAUGACUUUGAGAAAGAAGAAACCUUUGCGCUCAGUUCGAUUAAAACCCUUGACGAAGCUGUCAAUAACAUCAUCAAGUUCUUGGGCAUGCAGCCUUGUGAGAGAUCAGAUAAAGUGCCAGAGAACAAAAAUUCUCACACGCUCUACUUAGCUGGUGUAUACAGAGGCAGCUGUGACGUGCUGGUGAGGUCCAGGCUUGCUCUAGGAGAUGGUGUCACCAUGCAGGUGACAGUUAGGAGCAAGGAAGAAACACCCGUAGAUGUCAUCCUGGCUUCCGUAGGCUGAGUCUUACAGCACGUCUACUGUGAUGGAAACCUCUGCAAGCACUGGUUGGGUAUUUCACUGGAUAUCAAGCAGCCUGUCUGUCCUUCUGCAUGUAGUUUUUAUUCCUCGAUUUGGUAAAUAUUUUGUAUGAUGUUACAGUAGUGGCAAUAGUGACUGGCUGGUGCUGAGCCUUUCCCGUGUCCCUUCCCUCGUUGUCACUUACACAUUCCCAUCUAACUUAUUGCAUCUCUGGCCACUUGCAGUAGAGCAGGGAAGAUAAAAGAUGCAGGUGGUAAGAAAAUGGAAUCAGACUUUUGUCAAAACUGAUUUUUAUUAACAGAAAAUAAACACUGGUCCAAGUGGUGGAAUUCAUAUGAAUUACUGUUAAUAAAAUAGAAAUUUUUUUGUUCUAA